UACGAUUCAUCUCCUAUUCAUUGUGAUUAAGCUAGACAUUGAACUCUGCCUCAAUCCUUCAUAGUUAGCCCAUCCUACGCUUCCUGAAGCAAAUCAAUCGAGGAGACCAGCCGAAACAGCACUAGAUCUCUUCUUGUCUUCGAUAUGGGGAGAGCGCCUUGUUGUGACAAGGAUGGACUGAAGAAAGGGCCAUGGACACCUGAGGAGGACCAGAAGCUCAUCGACUACAUCCAGAAGCACGGGCAAGGGAGCUGGAGGACUCUUCCCAAGAAAGCAGGCCUUGCAAGGUGUGGCAAGAGUUGCCGGCUUCGGUGGACGAACUACCUGCGGCCGGACAUUAAAAGAGGAAGGUUCUCAUUUGAGGAGGAAGAGGCGAUCAUUCAUCUACACAGUCUUUUGGGGAACAAGUGGUCUGCGAUCGCUGCUCGCUUGCCAGGAAGAACCGACAACGAGAUCAAAAACUACUGGAAUACGCACAUCAGGAAGAGGCUUCUCAGGAUGGGCAUUGAUCCUGUGACCCACACCCAUCGCCUCGAUCUCCUCGACCUGUCUGCUCUCCUGACCUCCUCCUUGUGCAACCCAACGUCGUCGCAGUUCGAUCUAUCUGGGUUAUUAGGUCUUGAGCCACUGGUGAACAGCGAGCUCCUAAUGAUGGCCCAAAACCUCCUAUCUGCUCAAUGCCAAAACCCAAACAUCCUCGGUCAAGGACUCCCAGAGCAACAACACCUGACUCCCCAAUUCCAAGAACAGUUGGCUUCCUUCCAGAUACAACAGCUACAGCAUCUAUCCCAAAGGCUACCUACUUGCACCCCUUCGAAUGAUCCAUUCCCUGAUGAGGCACAGCUCAUGCAACCCAAUGUGGGCCAGUUACAUACAUCUGCUGAUUUUAAUCCAUGGCAGGACAUCAUUAUGCAGGGUAACCUAUCCCAGAAUGAUUUCGUGCCUGCAACGGGUGUUAACUACGAAAGUUUGGACCCAUCCUUCACCCAAUUCAUCGCCGACAUCUCCGAUGUGUGCGGCACAAGCAGCCAGGGAUAUAGCCUGACUUCAGUGUUUUCGACGCCUGCAUCAAGCCCGACUCCUCUGAACUCAUCGUCGACGCACGUGAACAGCAGCACCGAAGAUGAGAGAGAGAGCUACUGCAGCAACCGGUUGAAGUACCAAAUCCCUGAUCUCUUGGAUGUGAGCAAUUGCAUGUGAAGAAUAAGAUACAACACAAAAGACUCACAGGGGCGACAGAGAGAGAGAGAGAGAGGGAGACAGAAGAAAGCAAAAGCAGCUGAGAUACGGAAAGAGACACGAAGUUCUGCACCCAGAUGCUAAUGCAUGACGCACAAGACUUUUCUCAGUCCUUUUUUUUCCAUUUUCUUAUUAUUUCUCUUAUCAUGAAAAGGAUUUAUUUUUCUCAUGCUUUUACUGUGUAUUUGACACAAUGUGUGAUACAGUUUCUACCUAUAUCUGCUGGAACUUAGUUAGGAUUAUAUAUAUAUAAUGAUGCUGUAUAAGUUUUACUUCUGUUGGUCUAUUUAUAAGGUAAUAUAUGUUGCAUAAGCACUAAAAA